AUGACGUUGAGAUGGAUUCAACCACUGAAACUGGCGGGAGUGAUUGAAGAUGUUCUCGAUAUCUUCAAUCCAACGGUAAAAAUGAGCAUCGUUUAUAACACAAACGGCCAUGUCAAGAACGGCUUCGAAUUCAUGCCAUCUGCUGUCACAUCUCCGCCCAAAGUUGAACUUAUGGAGGCCGAUAUUCGCAAACUUUACACUUUGGUAAUGACAGAUCCAGAUGCCCCUAAUCCUAGCGAUCCUACUGGACGCGAAUAUCUUCAAUGGAUAAUGGCGGAUAUGCCUGGAACAAAAUCCAAUUCUUUUGGUCGACAAGUGGUGAGUUAUGAGAGCCCGAGGCCAAUGAUUGGAAUUCAUCGAUAUGUAUUCGUUUUGUUUGAGCAAAAGAGGGGAGGAAGAACAGAAGCUCCUCCUUCGCGUUACCAUUUCAACACAAGAGAUUUUGCAGAGAGUAAUGGAUUGGGAUUGCCAGUUGCUGCGAUCUACUUCAAUGCCCAACGAGAGACUGCAGCGCGAAGGCGUUAAAUCUACAAAACCCUAAUUACUUAGAUAGACUGUUUUA